GAAAAAAAACUUCAGUAAUUAGGAGGAGUGUCCACAUACUUUUGACCAAACUGUGUUUAUUAUUUAUAAGGUGAUGUCUCCAUCUACUGGUUAUGACUUUAAUAUGUAACUUAUACUCUCCAGUCCAAUAUACAGUAGUUCUCCCAAAAACCAUGCUAAUAUGCUGCACCCAUCGUUGUGACUGAUCACGUGACUCGGGGCUUAUUAUUGAUGUGACGCAAUCGCGGCUGUGUUAGAACUCUGAUGACGUCACAGAGAGCUGCACUGCAUGACCUGAGCGCGAGGUGAAUCAGAGCUUCAUUUCUUCUUACUGUGGAGUAACACAAAGCAGAGAGAUAUGCCUCGAGUGAACAAAGUGGACGUUGUCCAGUCAAAGGUUCCUGAUCUCCAGGAGCCUUCACUACAAUACUUCAGGGGAGAAUUAGGAGAAAGUCUGUUUGUGAAAUCGGCAGAAUUCGACUCGUCGGACAAAGACAUGGAAAUAACGUGUGGAUCCUACAACUGCCUCCACGAUCCACACUUAAAGAACUUCUUUAACCAGCCACAAAGGAAAAAGCAUCUGCUCAAACAGGGUCUCAUCAUUCAGGACGAUCAGGUGCUGUGCUCGGUGAAAGAUCUAGUUCAGUACAUGCGGUACAUAAGAAGAGUGCUGAUGAGCUGGAACAAACUUCACCAACAAGAGCAGAAGCAGCUACUGAAGAAGUUCAUGGUGCUGAAACUCAAUGGUGGAGUUCCUGAGAACAUCAGUGCUGCUCACAUGAAAGAGUGGCUCAUCUAUAGAGAGAGAAGCACCUUCAGGAACAUCUUCAAGAAAAAUGUAAAACAAGGCAGCAAUUCAAGCUAUGCUGAAAAGGCCUGGGAGGUAAAUCAGAGGAUCGAGCUGGAGGAAAUGGAGAAAAAAAUUCUCAGAGAGCUCAGUGUAGAACGUCGAAUCCCACAAAGACCAGUGGACGUUCCUUCUAAACUGGAAAAUGUACAAAAAAUAUUUGUACUGCCCUGUUCGUCUGGCUCGACCAUUUCACCUGCUGAUGACCAGGCCGAGGGAACCCUGCUGGCUCAGGACUCAACACUAGAGAAUUCACCCACUGAGAACUCAAUCCAGAAAUUUAGUCAAUCAGCUGAUGGAGCUGCUGCAAGUAUGUUGAUGAAGGUGGAGGAUCUGAAGCAGUUUGUUAGUGGGAUCAAAACCACUACAGUGAUGGAAGUACAAGAAAAUCAGCUUCCCGCUCUGGUGGAAUUUGUUCAUCCUACACAGUCCACCCUAGUGCAUCUUCCAGACUUGGUCUUGAGUCAGAAUCUUACAAAAUCACCAAGCUCAGGGAUUAAAUCGGACAGUUCUGGGGGUUUUGAGAGCUCUGUAGUAAUGAGCUCCUCUGAUGAAUCAGUGAAUACACCCCCCUUACUCUCGACGGCUGAGAAGUUGGUGCUGGAGGUGCUGUACUGUUCUGCAUCUCUGAUCAAAUGUCAGCAGGAAGAGAGCAAUGACAAGGCUGAUGAUUUUGAGAACCUGGACUUGGAUGUUCAACUUCCAAGUCCGUCACCGUCGUCUGUCUCCUCUGUUGAAGUUAUCAGAGAGAGGAAUGUUAUUACACCAGUGGAAGAACCAGAAACUAGUUUUCAGUUCUCCAACACAGAGGAACCCGAGGUCACCUUUCUGGGAUUUAGACCUCAGAGAACGUGCCAGUCUCGGACCAGCCCAACUAGCCAACAUGUACAGAUAGAAAACAUGAGUGAAGAUAUUGUCGGAUACACCCUGGACAUGGUGAUAUCAGUUCUUGCAAGUGAAGGACUUUUGUCACUACAGGAAACAUCAGAUAUGUCUGAUGUAUCUUCACCAGAGAAUUAUAUAGAAUCAGACAUGUUUGCAAGUUGUGGCACCACAGAUGAAAGCCAGAGUCCGACCCAGUGCUCAUGCUCAGAUUCUGGUUCCCAGCUGAGCUUACAAUCAAAAAAGGUAGUAAGUGAAACUCUGGUGGGAAUCCAAAGGAAAUUAUCAGACCAGUCUUUAACUGAAAUCAUCUCACCAGAUAACAGUGAUGCCAUCAGUGACCUUAUCAGUGGCAUCCUAAGGCAGAUCCAGGAAUCACCCAGCCUGGAUGCCAGUGAGCUAAUCUCCUCCAGCUCUUCAGAAAGCAGCUUCAUUUCACUCUCACAUGAUUGUAAAGCUCAGUCUGGUUCUGAGAUCAUGGGGGAUGAAUUAGUAAUGAAGAACAUCCAGCCACACAUUGGUACCAUCAGCAAGGCUCAAAGGAAACCUUCAGAUGUGAAUGGAGAUGUUAUCAACUCUCUGGUUCUAGAGGUUUUGGGAUCUGCUCUGUUUGAAAACCCUUCAGAGAAAACGUCACACCUUGAUGCUCUGAACAGAGACCAGACUGUCAGAUUGGUAAAAUCUUCAGAUAAUACUGCAGAGAGACCCUGCCAUCAGAGGCCAAAGUCCUGCCCGUUAUUAAAGAAGGACAGUACUAGUAAUGCUGCAGGGGCUUCUGCCAGCCAAACACCUGAAAACCCAACUGGCAAGAAACAAAAGAAGAAGAAAAGUGUUCGUUCUUUAUUCAUGAUGGCCUGGAAAGUGGUGAAACGGACCUUCACCAGAAGAUCCAACAAGAUAUCUCCAAUCUAAUCGUCCACCAUUUAUUUUACCACCAGCCAAAACUGAGCAGAAUUAUACACUCCUUAGCUAGAUCAUUAUCAGGGACAUGUCUUGGGUCCUCGCUUAGAGAGACCUGAAGAACCACGUUCCACCAGGAAGACUUCAUUGUUGUUAGACUUUUGUCAGCAGGAGGUCACCUUCCUUCUUUAGUAACCAACUUUUAUCUGGCACUACUGUGAUCUGUGCCAUGUUGGUCACUUUUGAUUAUCAUGAAUGGUCAGUCUUGUUCCUUUCUCCACUUUGAUUCUCAGUCAUGAGCUCCAUUAUCGAGAGCUCUGCUCUGAGUUUUCUUUGGUAACAUUUGGGUGAGGUAUUUCUGCUGUCCCACAGUCUUACUUGGUACCAUCUUGGCUUGGCAGCAUCUGUUGUUCCUGGUCUUUCUGAGUACUUUCGAUUGCUGAAAGGUUAUUUCACUCAACAUGUACCUGUUCAGCAUUGCUUACAUUCUCACCUGUGGAACUGUAGUUCUAAAAGAUUCAUUUACCUUCACAAGGAGCAGAAAAUCCCUCAAACAUCCCAGGAUUGCAGGAUUUCAUGGUGACUAUUCUGGUGAAGAGAGUUUCCUCUGAAGAACAGGAAGAAGACAUCACACCUGCUUCUCUGAAAAACCUCACCAAGUUAUGUCCAGAGUGAUGAUCUAGCUAGGAGUGUUAAUAUGCUCAUAUCUACAAGCCUCAUGACCAAGCACACAUCUGUACCAGCUGUGUUUCUUUUUCAAUAUAAUAACAACACAGGACUCGGAGUGCCAGCCAGAAGAGGAUGGAUGCUGCUUAAUUUUCCUGGACACUCUAGGCUUUAUUCUCUGUACAUUUUAACAAAUAAAAAUUCAAAACUGA